UUCACCCUGCCCCCCAAACAGGAGAUGUCGACGAAAGGUAAACGCAGAGCAGAGGAUUCGGAAGCCAAGAGUCGCAAGAAAAAGGCUAAGCGCGACGAAGAAGAGGACAGCGCUGGCAGCGAUGAAGACGGCGGAGUCGAGGAAGAUGAGCUAGACGCCCUGGACACGAGCAACAUCAUAACGAGCGGAAGGAGGACCCGCGGCAUACGCAUUGAUUACACUAAAGUACCAGACGCGAUCAAGAGCGAUGAGGAAGACGAAGACGAGGAAGAAAAGCCGCGCAAGUCGAAGACCAAAGGAAAAGAAGGAACGGCUAAGGGCAAGUCGGCGAGUUCAAGCUCUACAUCAAAUAAAGCUGCACCACCCAGUAAGAGCGCCAAACCCGCGAGUAAACGCAGGAUUCAGGAAGAGAGCGAGGAGGAGCUUCAGGACAACAACGACGAAGAAGAAGAGGAAGAAGAGGAAGGCGGCGAUGGCACUGAAGAGGAAGAAGAGUAACUAUAUAUUACAAUUGUGCAUUUCGAUCAUUGUACCGACUGCGAGUAAAGCGAACAUCGUCUCUCCCAUUCAACCCCACAUUGCUAAGAGCUGGUACUGGUCGCUCUUGCGACGAGUUUCGCCCUACAAAUUUCAUAGCUUUGACCGAACAGCUAAG